GCCAUUGAAUAAAAGGUUUCAAACGUCCUUGGUUGGAGUAUUGUUAAAAAACUCUUUCACGUUUUUUUAAAGCUCUUUGGUUUCUUUAAAAAUAAUUUGAAACAAGCAGACAUAGCUGUCUUUAUCUUAUUAUAAGGAUAUAGAAAAUAAUUAUUAUAAAGAAUAAUGUUCGUACUACGUACUUUAGCGUUUAUUUUCUUAUUACACACGAGUUUUGCAAACAAAAACACUAUUCCGGUAUUCUUAUUGGACCAUGACCAAGUUAUGUCGCACGUUCAAGUUGAUCCGAAUCCCUUUUCCAAGUUGACGAAAACAAACUUUGCUGAUAUCGUAAAAGACUCCAGACAGCGAGCUGAUGCCACGAUAAUUUUUGUCGAAGAUUCUUUUAGCACCGAAGAUAUAAGUACUAAAGACAGAUUGGGCACCCCAUAUGCUAAUUUGCGGAGCGGCCUGAUGGCAAACAAAGUAAAGUACUUCCCAUCAGUGAUUGAGCCUUACAAAUUACUAAGUCAAAUGUUCCAACCGCGCGAAAACAACGUCUAUUACCUCUCCAGUCGUAAUAAAUUUCAAGUAAUGAAUAAUUUUAAGUAUAUCUACGUUUAUUUCCAAGAUGGACCUUACACUAAUGAGACUAGAGCUCAAAUUUUAAGGAGACAUGAUGCUAUUAUUAAGGAGGUGAUAUUCAUUGUCCGUCAGUUGAAGACCGGGCCAGUCGUGGCCUAUUACACUGGGAAACUGAAUCCCAUUGUGGUUGAAAAAUCUGAUUCUUCUAUGAGGAGCAUGGAUCCUCCGCCUAGGAAGAAAGGAGUACUUGUGGCGUCAUCUGGUGCCCUCUUUAGGCUUUUUGGAGUGCAUGCGGCCUCGCCGACUCGCAGAGCCCUGUUCGACGAGCCGCCGCGAGUGUCCGAAGAGACGUUCACGCGACGCACGCUGUCCACUCGGGUGUCGUACCCAGUGUUCGAUCUAGAAUUCGCGUUUAGUUUCCGAGACGACGGCUGGCGAUGGGAUCAUAUCGCGAUAUACGAGGGGGGUGAGGAAGUCGGCCGCACAGACAUGAACAUCAGUGUACCCUGGAAUUAUUCGUACUACUGCCCAGAGCCGAUCAGCAUCUACAACACAAGAGAUGGAAGCUCGUUGACUAUUAGCCAGUACCAAAUACAACCGCGUGAAAUAUUUAGUUUAAGAAAACGUGGUAGCGGCCGUGAAGGCGACGAUGAAGAUGCCACCGAAGCUGACGACAGCGCCACCCCCGAAGUGGUAGCUACCACCGUGUCUGAGGGUGACGGUAGUGGGGAGGGCGUAGGCAGCGGCGAGGGUAGCGGUGAGGGCAGCGGUGCUGGCGGCACUGGUGGCUCCAAAGCUUCGAAUGUAACCUUCAACAAAAUGGUGCACUGUGGCCCAUAUUUCACGACUACCAUACUAAGCUCGCUCAUGAUAGUGUUCUUCUGUUUAAGCAUUGCGUUGUAUGGCGUUGUUACGUUGUUUAAUUGUGCCUCUAAUGAUCGGUAUGAAGAUCCGAACAGUAAACCGUUGACUCAUGAUCUCUUACAUUGAGUGUUUGAAUAUGGACGGCAUAUCAAGAUACUCUAAUUUAGGAAAUGUCUUUAUUGUUUGCCUACUGCCGAGACGGCACGGCAUGGCACAGUACGGCAUGCUGCGGCAUCGUGGCAUCAAAAUAAAGUAACAUAAAUUAUAAAUUCAUUUAAAUAGAUAAGGUUCAAAAGAAGUUAAUUUGUAUUAAAAUCCUUUAUUUUGAUACCACGAUGCGGCGGCAUUUCGCGGCGUGCUGUGGCAUCCCAUAAACUAUCAUACUUAACCUCACGCCAUUCUAGAAAGCAAGCCGUAUGUGCCCUCACUAAGUCUUCAUAUUUAGAAUGGGUCCCGACUGCUUCAAUUUUACGAUGACUUUCUUGUUAAGGGUUUUCUCAUUUUCAUUAUUAUGAAGAAACGCAGUCGGGUUUUUUAGUUUUUUAAAUUACCUUUUUUAUUUUAUUUUUAAUUUGUAUACUUCAAAUAAUAUACUUACUUCUCCAAAAUUAGCUAGAUAUUUUGGGAUAUUUUAUAGUAUUAAAAUGUCAAAAUAAUUUAUUUUUGACCUAGGGAAACUAAACCCAAUUAGAACUAAGUAAUAGCGAGUAUCUUGAUGUUCUGGGCUCUAAUGAUGAAUAGUUAUUUAGUUUGUAUCAUAUGCGUUACUUUAAUGUUAUGUUUAAAAAUAAAUAGCUUAGUAAAUACGUACCUAUAUGAA